ACGCGUCCGGUGGUGGUAGAAUUGCAAUGAAUAAUUUCGGUUCAUUCUUUCAUCUCUCUUUUCCUCGAUGAUGAUGAUGAUGAUGGAAUGACAGAGGGAUAGUGCGAGAAAGAUUGAUACGCCGGCGACGGUGAACAAGGUAUCAAUCUAUCUGUAGCUAUGAAGAAUCAGGAAGACGACGACGACGCCGGCGACGAACCGGAGGAGGUCCAGGAGGAGGAAGAUGAGCAGCAGUUUGGUUCGAGCUUGACUAGAAAGAAGGUCGCUGUCGCCAAACAAUUUAUCGAGAGUCACUAUAAGUCUUCUAUGAAGCAUAUCCAACAACGAAAAGAGCGGCGUUCUAUUCUUGAACAAAAGAUAGCUUCCUUGGAUUUACCAGAAGACGAAAAGAAAAAUCUACGGAAAGAGUUGGAGCAGAAAGAGACUGAGUUUAUACGACUAAAACGGAACAGGAUUUGUGUUGAUGAUUUUGAGCUUUUAACUGUCAUAGGUAGAGGAGCAUUUGGAGAGGUUACACUGUGUCGGGAGAAGAAAUCAGCCAACAUAUUUGCCAUGAAAAAAUUGAAAAAGUCAGAAAUGCUUAGUAGAGGACAGGUCGAACAUGUUAGAUCUGAGAGGAAUUUACUUGCGGAGGUUGUCAGCCAUUUCAUAGUGAAACUGUAUUAUUCCUUCCAAGAUGCUGAGUACUUGUAUCUAGUAAUGGAGUAUCUACCUGGAGGUGACAUUAUGACUUUGCUGAUUAGAGAAGAAACUUUAACAGAAACUGUAGCACGGUUCUAUGUUGCUCAAUGUUGUCUUGCUAUAGAAUCUAUACACAAGCACAACUACAUUCACAGGGAUAUUAAACCUGACAACCUACUAUUGGAUAAGAAUGGUCAUAUGAAGCUUUCUGAUUUUGGUCUUUGCAAGCCUCUCGACUAUUCGCAUUUAUCUCCUAUAAAAGAAAACGAGAUUCAUGGAAAUGGGAGUGCUAGAGAAUCAAUGGCUAAUGGGGAUAGGGAUGGUAAUUGCAUGAAAACCUCCAAUGAACAACUGCAACAUUGGCAAAUGAACAGAAGGACUUUGGCCUUUUCAACUGUUGGAACCUCUGAUUAUAUUGCACCAGAAGUGUUGUUAAAAAAGGGUUAUGGCAAAGAGUGUGAUUGGUGGUCUCUUGGUGCUAUAAUGUAUGAAAUGCUUAUUGGUUACCCUCCUUUCUACUCAGAUGAUCCAAUAACCACAUGUAGAAAGAUAGUGCAUUGGAGGAAUCAUCUAAAAUUCAAGGAGGAUGCUAGAUUAACUCCUGAAGCAAAAGAUCUUAUUUGCAGAUUGCUUUGUGAUGUUGAACAUAGGAUAGGUACAAAUGGGGCACAUGAAAUAAAAAAACAUCCUUGGUUCAAAGAUAUCGUGUGGGAUAAACUAUAUGAAAUGGAUGCAGCAUUUAAACCGGAGAUCAAUGGGGAACUUGAUACUCAAAAUUUCAUGAAAUUUGAUGAGGUGGAUUCUCCAGCAAUCGCAAGAAAUGGUUCUGGUCCCUUAAGAAAGAUGUUGAUGACAGCAGAUGAGUUAAGCUUUGUUGGUUAUACUUACAAGAACUUUGAGGCUGUCAAAGGUUUCCGUCGCUCUUGUGAUGUGAAGAGUAGCACAGCACCAAAUCGCAAAUCAACAGAUUCAUAUUUCAACGAUUCUGGAAUCGAAUAUUCUUCUUCUUCUCAUACAGUCAAUGAUGCUGAAACUGUAACUCGGGUUUCGUCGGUGGGGGCUUUUAGCAACAUGUCUCUGUAAAUAAACUUUGGUGUUACCAAAACUGGUAUGCUUUUACUAUUCUAGCUCUGUUAAUAUAUACAACUAUCCAUAAGCUUCCAAUUUCAGAAUGUACAUAAAAUAGUGGGAGCACUUUCAGUAAAUCCAAUAUAAAGUU